AUGGCUGAUCAACUGAACAAGAAAUCUUCAUUCGCGGCCCUUCGAAAAUGGUAUGCUAAACGAUCCAGGUCCGUGGCCCGAAAUGUCCAGAGUGAGUCGCAGCAUUCAACCGCUCAGAUCCAAGACUUUCUGACCUAUCAACCUGGUGCAGAACUCCGGCAAACCGUCCAACGCAGGCCACGACUAGAGACUGACCGCCACGAAGAGGCACAACGCAAAUCUCAGUACCUCGAGUUUUGCCAUGUUCCGACUGAGCUAGACUGCAUCCCUGCUCGACCAUCUGUUUCGACCAUCUCUUUGCCUUCGACGGUCGCGACGGGUUCAAGAGCCGGAGUUGCCCAGCAGUCACCACAGGAACUUCAAUCUCUGCCUCGUCCUAGGCCUCGAGCACGACCUGCGGUAGAAGGACCCGAGGACUUUGAGCAAUUUCGCUCUGACUUGCGCGGACGCUUCGAGCUGGAGUCGACUGCAGCCCAGGCACAGAAGCAACCUCGAUCCCAAACCAAAUCAUUCACCAUUUACCUGCCCGAGACUCAAUUAGCAAAAGAGCAGCUCCAUGCUGGUUCGAAAGCCAAGGCGUUCAGAGCAUUCUCCGGGAGACCAGUUGAGAAAGGUCCAGAGAAGAUUCAAGCAUAUCCGGGAGCCCCCAAGCGAAAACCAGUAGGUUACGUUCCUCCCACCCUCCAGCCUGGCUAUGUGGAUGGAGUUCCGCCUGUUCUACGCGCGUGCCACAACACAACUAACCUGGCUCUACCACAGAACAAGCCCAGUGGGACAGGAGCUGCGAUCAAGAACUACAGUUACCCGCUUGUGGACUUCCACCAGGGACUGUUCAUCAAUGCUAACCUUUCCGAGGCGAGCAUCUCUGGGCGGCACCAAGACCCGCGCAUCCCCGCCAUGAACUUCACAAGCCGGGGACUCGCUGAUGAAGUGAAUGCGGAGCUCACCCGUUUGCGCGUCCCGGAUGAGAAAGAGGUCAUUCGACCAAAGUCAAAAUCCGGCGUCCCAGACGGGAAGGAGGUAGUCCGCCCCAAGUCUCGUGCCCUGGACGAAAAGGAGGUUGUCCGUCCCAAGUCGCGUGCAUGGAUGUCACCCGGAUCUCCCCUCAAUCAGAAUGCUUACGAACUCGAGGCAUCCGCACCCGGUUUUCCCCUCAUGCAGGCCAGAGCUGUCAAUCUCCGUUCUCAGACACCGCGAGUCGUGCGAGUGAGAAAGCAGCAUGAGCUUCAAACACCUAGCCCUGUUUCUCCCUUGUCCGGCGAUGCGGGCAAGGUCGACUUCAGAGAGUACAACUGGCCUCGGUUCGUCGACAAGGAAUGGGUCGAUCCGGCGAAGGGCAUUCGCGCCGGUAUCGAUAUCGACGCCGAGGAAUUCUGA